GCGUGGGACAGAGGAACAGGGAGAGUUUCGGGACAGAAGAUUUGAUCUCAAGAAACCCUAACUUUCCUAAGUCGCGUCGCGAGCCAUUGUCGCCGCAACUGCUGUGCUUCGUUCUUCUUCAGCAACCAUCGUCUCCUUCACGUACGCGUCUGUCUCCUCCUCCCUGUGCGUCCGGUGUGCGUCGACCGGCACUGUGACUGACUUCAAUUAAAGGCUGUUGGCCACGUCUGUGGUUCGCGAGCUGCUGUUGCAGAGUUGCAGUGUCGUUGGUGAAGCUGAAGCUGCGUGGUGGUGUUCUUGUUCUUCUUUAAUUUCACAAAAAUGAGUAGAGAAGCUAGUGUUGGUGGGUCUGGUGAAGCAAGCUCCAAUAGUGGUGCAGCCAUUCCAAGCGUAGCUUCCACAACUAGUGGAACUUCAGAUUCCAAAAGAUUGGCAGUGAAUGCUCCUGGAAAUAGAUCUGAUCCAGGUUGGAAACAUGGAAUUGCAGUUGAUGAAAAUCCAAAGAAAGUGCAAUGCAAAUACUGUCAAAAGGUGAUAAAUGGAGGGAUUUAUAGACUCAAGCAUCAUUUGGCAGGAACACAAAAGGAUGUUGGAGCAUGCAAGGCUGUUAGUGAUGAUGUAAGGAAGGAAAUGUGGAAAAUUGUAUCCUCAUUGCAAGAAAAUUUAAUAAAGAGGGCAAAGGAGAUUGAAGGAAGAUCAAGUGAUGAAGUUGAAGAAGGUGGAGAUGCCAUGGAGGAUGCUGGAGAUGAAGAACACAUGGAGGAUGAUUAUGAAUUCAUGAAUUUAUGAAGUUUAGAACUUGACUAUUAUUUUUCAUGUUGUAGACUUAUAUGUUAUCUAAAAUUUGUGACUUAUGACUUAUUUUAUGUGUGGAUUGUAGAAGACCUUAUAAAUGUUUAGUUUAAUCAAAUGUUUAAUGUGUUUUUGAGGUUAUUAAUCUUAUGUAUGUUAUUUUCUAUGAGUAUAUAUAUGUUUAUAUAUAAUUUUACAUUUUGGUAGAAACUUACGAUUCGUGUUACGAUACUACGAGUUUACGAUUCUACAACUCCCUUCCGUUUCAACGUAGAAUCUCGAUUUUGACA